CUUAACUUGAAACUUACUUACUCUUCGGAAUGCUCAGUAAAAUGUAAAUCGAGAAUCCACCAAUCCGUGGCGAAUAAGAUUGGAGAGGCGGAAGUAAAGCCGAAACGUCUCACUUGCUCAAAAAAACGGAACUGUCUUCCUACAGACGAGGAGACCGAAGGUGCUGAAGAUGGACUGGUUCCACUGUAACCAGUGUUUCACAAAGAAAGGGUCAAAGUUUGCAGUGUCCACCUGUGGACACAUCUGCUGUGAAGCUUGCAUUAAAUCGCGUGAGAAGCAGUGCAGCGUCUGCAGAGCAAGCUGCAGUUACCUGGCCAUCACCGACGAGAUGAAGCCACAAGAAAAAGUGUUUUUCAAGGAUCCUGGCAAACUCAUUCAAACAAGACUGGCAAACUUAUCACAGAUUGCUCAUUUCCAGCGGAAGCAGAUGGAGAGAAUCAUUUCUCACUUCAGAACUAAGUCUUCAGAACUGGAGAGGCGUCUGAAGGAAGUCACAGAGCAGAGUUACAGGCAGCUCUCUGAGCUGAAAAGAGAAAACGCUGAGUUGAAAAAGCAGCUGAUGGAGCUGACAAGGGAAACGAUGGAACUGAAAAAGCCUCUUUCUCAGAGAAAGGUUUCUCCAGGACAAUUUCAAACCCCUGGGGCAAAGAGGGUUUCACUUCCUGUGGCCAUUGCUUCUCCAGUUACUCCUCGUCCAAGGGCUUUGAGUCAUGUGGGUUCAGCGGAGUCCCUGAGGUGGAUCCAAGACAGAGGGCUUUCCCUUGCUACUCCUGCAUCGGGUGCCUCGGUGUCCAGCCGCAGCUCUCUUCAUGAAUACAGAACACCAUCGUCCUACAGCACUCCCACGAGAGCCCAGACUCCUGCUUUCCAGUUCCCAUUUAUGAAUGGAUUCUCAAUACAGUCACCCAGACAAUGAUUAAACUACAACUAACUCAGGGAACGUGUUUGUUGAGUCUGUCAGUCACACACACACCUGUUCACUAGACACGUGUUAUCACUUCAAUCAUUUUGGAUUUGCUUAACAGUUAUUUUACAUGUUUGUGGAGUUUUUGUGACAUUAAAACAAGAUGUCUAAACCUUAA